AUGGCUGCGCAACAAGUACAUCUGGAUCGACCAGCAAAAGGCCAUCGCUCUCACACCCUUUCGUGUCUCCCUCCUGUUUUCCCGACCCCCCCCCCGCCUGCCUGCCCGCCUGCCUUUCUCCCACCAGAGUCAUGGCUGCGCAACAAGUAUAUCUGGAUCGAGCGCCAGAAGGGUGUCAUGGCAUGGACCGAUGUCAACUGCACAACCAAUGAGCCUUUGAUUGCCACACCACCUCCUACUGCCGCCCCUGCUCCUCCUCCUCCCGUGAUCCACCUCCCCUCCCCCUCGCUCUCCCCCCCUCCUCUCCUCAUUGCUGCCCCCAGCCCCCCUGUCAUGCCCUACCUUCCCCCAACCCAUGGAUCCAUGCGCCCUGUUGCCCCCCCGCCUCCCCCCCCCUCCCCUCGACCCCACGCUCCGCCCCACCCACGGCUCUAUGCGUCCCCCACCUAUCGCGCCUCCCCCACCCGAUGCACCAGCCUCGUCCCUCAAUCCACCAUACCUGGAUUCACCCCCAUCCUCUCCCCCGGAACCCUGCACAACUCGGCUGGCAGCACGGACGUUCCAGCCGCCCUUGGGCGGCUGGCAGCACGGACGUUCCAGCCGCCCUUGGGGUCAGCAGUGUAUGCGGGGGCAACGCUGCGAGUCACCUUCUCCUCCAUGCAGCUCUCCUCCGCCUCCAUGCAACUCAACCUCAACGCCGGGGACCCCACGGCUGCUGUUGCUCUUGCCGAGGACCGCCGAUGCGCGCUCUUCUCCCUCUCCUGA